ACACUUCAAUUGUAACUUCGCGCGAAUUAGGUUACGUUCUGUAACCAAGGUUGUAUCCUGGCACGAUCUCGGUAUCCUUUCGAUGCCACGAGAUCGCCAGCAAAUAAAUAUCUCGACUUGGUCCAUUAAUUGCCUUCUGGUAUUUGGCUUCUCGGAGAUUUUAUGGGUUUCUUUGGUUACGUUCAACCUUCGCCUUCUGAUUUAUUUGGCACGUGUUUCUUGGUAGCGGUGUUCAUAGUUAACCUCAACUCGACUCCACGCUACAAUUGGUGACCCGUAUUUUGGAACACGCCUCAGCUUCUGGUCAAAUCUUCCAAAGAAGCCAAUUCGGUGAGUCUAUGAUUUAUCUAUCCACGUCUGUCGUAUAUUUUCAUAUUUAAUAUAUGACGGAUAACGAUAAGAAUAGUAUUAAUAUAAUAGACUCCCAUUUAUGUGUACCGAACUCUUGUUACUUUUUAUUCGCGUGACGAUGAAUUCCACGCUUUAUUCGAGAAAUUUUCCCCUAUUAACUAUUCUCCUCGCUGACCCGGCUGCUUGGUACGGAAUGCAUUCGCAUACGCAUUAACGUCUACCUCCCAGCAUCAAAUGGUUAAGUUGAACGGUUUCAUUGCCAACUUAAAAGUGCUCUACGAGCACACGAGAGCGACAACUGGUACGAAACCUUAUCGCUCGUCCCCUUAGGUAUUCGAACGAGCUUGAAGGCAGAUAUACAAUGUUCCGCCGCCGAACUGGUAUACGGCACGACAUUGCGUCUACCCGGAGAAUUCACACCACGGAGCAGACCUAAUUUCGGUAAAUCAGACUACGUCCAUCGACUGUCUGCAUUUAUGCGAACGCUGUCUCCGGUGUCAACUCGAAUACAACAUUGACAGGUCGCUCUCUCUCGAGAGUUAUCUACCUGUUCACAUGUUUUUGUACGAGUAGAUUCGGUACGCAAACCUUGGCAACAACCUUACGAAGGCCCUUUUCACGUGAUCGCUCGUCACGAAAAGACCUUCAAGGUUGAUCGAUAUGGACGCGUCGAGAUCGUCUCAAACCAGCACACAUCGAUGACAGUGACCUAUCUGGUAACCUGAGAUUCAAUGCUAGACCUAGCAAACCUACUAGCGGGAUCCUCAAACCAUCUUCAGGUCCCACGCUAGAUACAUCUGAGACCUCAUUCUCACGUCCCGGUCAACAGCACGCGUUAUCUGCACCGUCUACGGACGAGACGAUAGUCUCACGUCCAGAUCAGCAGACCACGCCGCCUCUGACCUCGGAUGAGAUUACAGGCUCACGCGAUACGAACGAGACUGCCGUCUCACGUUCCGGUCGCCGAGUACGGUUGCCCGUACGCUUCCGCGACUAGUCGCACAGUCAACAACCGAUACGGUGUAGUGUUAUUCCUAUGCUACAUGCAUGCUACACUCUUCUCUUUUUGAUUUUCUUUUUGUUUCCUGAGCCCACGCCUUCGACCACCUCCGUUUGGUUCCGUCGACUUCAGUCAACUUUGGCGAAAGCUGGACUGGCCACCCAUGCUCUUGUCAACGCACUCAGUCGAUAUUUUGGUUUCGAAUGCUUGGCAUACGCUUGGUCUCGAACUUGGUCGUUACGGUCGCUUCUGGUCUUUUGGCUCAACGUGGUUUCAUCCUACGUCUGCAGCGUUUCUGGUCCGGACCCCUACGAACGCCCUCUUCAGAUUCUGGAUACAAACCACUCUCGUGUAGCAUGCCAACUCAAGCAAUACAUACAGCACAUCGCUCCUGGUACCGUUCUCCGAAAACGACCUUCGUUGGCAACUCGACGAUCAACGAUCGCUUUCCUGUUCGCCAAUUCUUCCGUCCUACAAUCGCUCGUCAGCCGAUCAGUCCCACGAUUUAAACCGCUAUUUAUCGAAAGUGUUAACCCUUUCUAGCGCGGGGCUCCUGUAGUGACUCACAUUUAUCACGAGAACACGACUGGUUUAAUAAAAACAAUUAUUAUUAUAACCAACUGUACCAGUGUUUGUUUUAACGUGCUUUUGUUUGACUGUGCUAAUGACAGCUAUUUUGUGCUUCCAUUCUUGUACUUACACUUCAAUUGUAACUUCGCGCGAAUUAGGUUACGUUCUGUAACCAAGGUUGUAUCCUGGCACGAUCUCGGUAUCCUUUCGAUGCCACGAGAUCGCCAGCAAAUAAAUAUCUCGACUUGGUCCAUUAAUUGCCUUCUGGUAUUUGGCUUCUCGGAGAUUUUAUGGGUUUCUUUGGUUACGUUCAACCUUCGCCUUCUGAUUUAUUUGGCACGUGUUUCUUGGUAGCGGUGUUCAUAGUUAACCUCAACUCGACUCCACGCUACAAUUGGUGACCCGUAUUUUGGAACACGCCUCAGCUUCUGGUCAAAUCUUCCAAAGAAGCCAAUUCGGUGAGUCUAUGAUUUAUCUAUCCACGUCUGUCGCAUAUUUUCAUAUUUAAUAUAUGACGGAUAACGAUAAGAAUAGUAUUAAUAUAAUAGACUCCCAUUUAUGUGUACCGAACUCUUGUUACUUUUUAUUCGCGUGACGAUGAAUUCCACGCUUUAUUCGAGAAAUUUUCCCCUAUUAACUAUUCUCCUCGCUGACCCGGCUGCUUGGUACGGAAUGCAUUCGCAUACGCAUUAACGUCUACCUCCCAGCAUCAAAUGGUUAAGUUGAACGGUUUCAUUGCCAACUUAAAAGUGCUCUACGAGCACACGAGAACGACAACUGGUACGAAACCUUAUCGCUCGUCCCCUUAGGUAUUCGAACGAGCUUGAAGGCAGAUAUACAAUGUUCCGCCGCCGAACUGGUAUACGGCACGACAUUGCGUCUGCCCGGAGAAUUCACACCACGGAGCAGACCUAAUUUCGGUAAAUCAGACUACGUCCAUCGACUGUCUGCAUUUAUGCGAACGCUGUCUCCGGUGUCAACUCGAAUACAACAUUGACAGGUCGCUCUCUCUCGAGAGUUAUCUACCUGUUCACAUGUUUUUGUACGAGUAGAUUCGGUACGCAAACCUUGGCAACAACCUUACGAAGGCCCUUUUCACGUGAUCGCUCGUCACGAAAAGACCUUCAAGGUUGAUCGAUAUGGACGCGUCGAGAUCGUCUCAAACCAGCACACAUCGAUGACAGUGACCUAUCUGGUAACCUGAGAUUCAAUGCUAGACCUAGCAAACCUACUAGCGGGAUCCUCAAACCAUCUUCAGGUCCCACGCUAGAUACAUCUGAGACCUCAUUCUCACGUCCCGGUCAACAGCACGCGUUAUCUGCACCGUCUACGGACGAGACGAUAGUCUCACGUCCAGAUCAGCAGACCACGCCGCCUCUGACCUCGGAUGAGAUUACAGGCUCACGCGAUACGAACGAGACUGCCGUCUCACGUUCCGGUCGCCGAGUACGGUUGCCCGUACGCUUCCGCGACUAGUCGCACAGUCAACAACCGAUACGGUGUAGUGUUAUUCCUAUGCUACAUGCAUGCUACACUCUUCUCUUUUUGAUUUUCUUUUUGUUUCCUGAGCCCACGCCUUCGACCACCUCCGUUUGGUUCCGUCGACUUCAGUCAACUUUGGCGAAAGCUGGACUGGCCACCCAUGCUCUUGUCAACGCACUCAGUCGAUAUUUUGGUUUCGAAUGCUUGGCAUACGCUUGGUCUCGAACUUGGUCGUUACGGUCGCUUCUGGUCUUUUGGCUCAACGUGGUUUCAUCCUACGUCUGCAGCGUUUCUGGUCCGGACCCCUACGAACGCCCUCUUCAGAUUCUGGAUACAAACCACUCUCGUGUAGCAUGCCAACUCAAGCAAUACAUACAGCACAUCGCUCCUGGUACCGUUCUCCGAAAACGACCUUCGUUGGCAACUCGACGAUCAACGAUCGCUUUCCUGUUCGCCAAUUCUUCCGUCCUACAAUCGCUCGUCAGCCGAUCAGUCCCACGAUUUAAACCGCUAUUUAUCGAAAGUGUUAACCCUUUCUAGCGCGGGGCUCCUGUAGUGACUCACAUUUAUCACGAGAACACGACUGGUUUAAUAAAAACAAUUAUUAUUAUAACCAACUGUACCAGUGUUUGUUUUAACGUGCUUUUGUUUGACUGUGCUAAUGACAGCUAUUUUGUGCUUCCAUUCUUGUACUUACACUUCAAUUGUAACUUCGCGCGAAUUAGGUUACGUUCUGUAACCAAGGUUGUAUCCUGGCACGAUCUCGGUAUCCUUUCGAUGCCACGAGAUCGCCAGCAAAUAAAUAUCUCGACUUGGUCCAUUAAUUGCCUUCUGGUAUUUGGCUUCUCGGAGAUUUUAUGGGUUUCUUUGGUUACGUUCAACCUUCGCCUUCUGAUUUAUUUGGCACGUGUUUCUUGGUAGCGGUGUUCAUAGUUAACCUCAACUCGACUCCACGCUACAAUUGGUGACCCGUAUUUUGGAACACGCCUCAGCUUCUGGUCAAAUCUUCCAAAGAAGCCAAUUCGGUGAGUCUAUGAUUUAUCUAUCCACGUCUGUCGUAUAUUUUCAUAUUUAAUAUAUGACGGAUAACGAUAAGAAUAGUAUUAAUAUAAUAGACUCCCAUUUAUGUGUACCGAACUCUUGUUACUUUUUAUUCGCGUGACGAUGAAUUCCACGCUUUAUUCGAGAAAUUUUCCCCUAUUAACUAUUCUCCUCGCUGACCCGGCUGCUUGGUACGGAAUGCAUUCGCAUACGCAUUAACGUCUACCUCCCAGCAUCAAAUGGUUAAGUUGAACGGUUUCAUUGCCAACUUAAAAGUGCUCUACGAGCACACGAGAGCGACAACUGGUACGAAACCUUAUCGCUCGUCCCCUUAGGUAUUCGAACGAGCUUGAAGGCAGAUAUACAAUGUUCCGCCGCCGAACUGGUAUACGGCACGACAUUGCGUCUGCCCGGAGAAUUCACACCACGGAGCAGACCUAAUUUCGGUAAAUCAGACUACGUCCAUCGACUGUCUGCAUUUAUGCGAACGCUGUCUCCGGUGUCAACUCGAAUACAACAUUGACAGGUCGCUCUCUCUCGAGAGUUAUCUACCUGUUCACAUGUUUUUGUACGAGUAGAUUCGGUACGCAAACCUUGGCAACAACCUUACGAAGGCCCUUUUCACGUGAUCGCUCGUCACGAAAAGACCUUCAAGGUUGAUCGAUAUGGACGCGUCGAGAUCGUCUCAAACCAGCACACGUCGAUGACAGUGACCUAUCUGGUAACCUGAGAUUCAAUGCUAGACCUAGCAAACCUACUAGCGGGAUCCUCAAACCAUCUUCAGGUCCCACGCUAGAUACAUCUGAGACCUCAUUCUCACGUCCCGGUCAACAGCACGCGUUAUCUGCACCGUCUACGGACGAGACGAUAGUCUCACGUCCAGAUCAGCAGACCACGCCGCCUCUGACCUCGGAUGAGAUUACAGGCUCACGCGAUACGAACGAGACUGCCGUCUCACGUUCCGGUCGCCGAGUACGGUUGCCCGUACGCUUCCGCGACUAGUCGCACAGUCAACAACCGAUACGGUGUAGUGUUAUUCCUAUGCUACAUGCAUGCUACACUCUUCUCUUUUUUGAUUUUCUUUUUGUUUCCUGAGCCCACGCCUUCGACCACCUCCGUUUGGUUCCGUCGACUUCAGUCAACUUUGGCGAAAGCUGGACUGGCCACCCAUGCUCUUGUCAACGCACUCAGUCGAUAUUUUGGUUUCGAAUGCUUGGCAUACGCUUGGUCUCGAACUUGGUCGUUACGGUCGCUUCUGGUCUUUUGGCUCAACGUGGUUUCGUCCUACGUCUGCAGCGUUUCUGGUCCGGACCCCUACGAACGCCCUCUUCAGAUUCUGGAUACAAACCACUCUCGUGUAGCAUGCCAACUCAAGCAAUACAUACAGCACAUCGCUCCUGGUACCGUUCUCCGAAAACGACCUUCGUUGGCAACUCGACGAUCAACGAUCGCUUUCCUGUUCGCCAAUUCUUCCGUCCUACAAUCGCUCGUCAGCCGAUCAGUCCCACGAUUUAAACCGCUAUUUAUCGAAAGUGUUAACCCUUUCUAGCGCGGGGCUCCUGUAGUGACUCACAUUUAUCACGAGAACACGACUGGUUUAAUAAAAACAAUUAUUAUUAUAACCAACUGUACCAGUGUUUGUUUUAACGUGCUUUUGUUUGACUGUGCUAAUGACAGCUAUUUUGUGCUUCCAUUCUUGUACUUACACUUCAAUUGUAACUUCGCGCGAAUUAGGUUACGUUCUGUAACCAAGGUUGUAUCCUGGCACGAUCUCGGUAUCCUUUCGAUGCCACGAGAUCGCCAGCAAAUAAAUAUCUCGACUUGGUCCAUUAAUUGCCUUCUGGUAUUUGGCUUCUCGGAGAUUUUAUGGGUUUCUUUGGUUACGUUCAACCUUCGCCUUCUGAUUUAUUUGGCACGUGUUUCUUGGUAGCGGUGUUCAUAGUUAACCUCAACUCGACUCCACGCUACAAUUGGUGACCCGUAUUUUGGAACACGCCUCAGCUUCUGGUCAAAUCUUCCAAAGAAGCCAAUUCGGUGAGUCUAUGAUUUAUCUAUCCACGUCUGUCGUAUAUUUUCAUAUUUAAUAUAUGACGGAUAACGAUAAGAAUAGUAUUAAUAUAAUAGACUCCCAUUUAUGUGUACCGAACUCUUGUUACUUUUUAUUCGCGUGACGAUGAAUUCCACGCUUUAUUCGAGAAAUUUUCCCCUAUUAACUAUUCUCCUCGCUGACCCGGCUGCUUGGUACGGAAUGCAUUCGCAUACGCAUUAACGUCUACCUCCCAGCAUCAAAUGGUUAAGUUGAACGGUUUCAUUGCCAACUUAAAAGUGCUCUACGAGCACACGAGAACGACAACUGGUACGAAACCUUAUCGCUCGUCCCCUUAGGUAUUCGAACGAGCUUGAAGGCAGAUAUACAAUGUUCCGCCGCCGAACUGGUAUACGGCACGACAUUGCGUCUACCCGGAGAAUUCACACCACGGAGCAGACCUAAUUUCGGUAAAUCAGACUACGUCCAUCGACUGUCUGCAUUUAUGCGAACGCUGUCUCCGGUGUCAACUCGAAUACAACAUUGACAGGUCGCUCUCUCUCGAGAGUUAUCUACCUGUUCACAUGUUUUUGUACGAGUAGAUUCGGUACGCAAACCUUGGCAACAACCUUACGAAGGCCCUUUUCACGUGAUCGCUCGUCACGAAAAGACCUUCAAGGUUGAUCGAUAUGGACGCGUCGAGAUCGUCUCAAACCAGCACACGUCGAUGACAGUGACCUAUCUGGUAACCUGAGAUUCAAUGCUAGACCUAGCAAACCUACUAGCGGGAUCCUCAAACCAUCUUCAGGUCCCACGCUAGAUACAUCUGAGACCUCAUUCUCACGUCCCGGUCAACAGCACGCGUUAUCUGCACCGUCUACGGACGAGACGAUAGUCUCACGUCCAGAUCAGCAGACCACGCCGCCUCUGACCUCGGAUGAGAUUACAGGCUCACGCGAUACGAACGAGACUGCCGUCUCACGUUCCGGUCGCCGAGUACGGUUGCCCGUACGCUUCCGCGACUAGUCGCACAGUCAACAACCGAUACGGUGUAGUGUUAUUCCUAUGCUACAUGCAUGCUACACUCUUCUCUUUUUUGAUUUUCUUUUUGUUUCCUGAGCCCACGCCUUCGACCACCUCCGUUUGGUUCCGUCGACUUCAGUCAACUUUGGCGAAAGCUGGACUGGCCACCCAUGCUCUUGUCAACGCACUCAGUCGAUAUUUUGGUUUCGAAUGCUUGGCAUACGCUUGGUCUCGAACUUGGUCGUUACGGUCGCUUCUGGUCUUUUGGCUCAACGUGGUUUCGUCCUACGUCUGCAGCGUUUCUGGUCCGGACCCCUACGAACGCCCUCUUCAGAUUCUGGAUACAAACCACUCUCGUGUAGCAUGCCAACUCAAGCAAUACAUACAGCACAUCGCUCCUGGUACCGUUCUCCGAAAACGACCUUCGUUGGCAACUCGACGAUCAACGAUCGCUUUCCUGUUCGCCAAUUCUUCCGUCCUACAAUCGCUCGUCAGCCGAUCAGUCCCACGAUUUAAACCGCUAUUUAUCGAAAGUGUUAACCCUUUCUAGCGCGGGGCUCCUGUAGUGACUCACAUUUAUCACGAGAACACGACUGGUUUAAUAAAAACAAUUAUUAUUAUAACCAACUGUACCAGUGUUUGUUUUAACGUGCUUUUGUUUGACUGUGCUAAUGACAGCUAUUUUGUGCUUCCAUUCUUGUACUUACACUUCAAUUGUAACUUCGCGCGAAUUCGGUUACGUUCUGUAACCAAGGUUGUAUCCUGGCACGAUCUCGGUAUCCUUUCGAUGCCACGAGAUCGCCAGCAAAUAAAUAUCUCGACUUGGUCCAUUAAUUGCCUUCUGGUAUUUGGCUUCUCGGAGAUUUUAUGGGUUUCUUUGGUUACGUUCAACCUUCGCCUUCUGAUUUAUUUGGCACGUGUUUCUUGGUAGCGGUGUUCAUAGUUAACCUCAACUCGACUCCACGCUACAAUUGGUGACCCGUAUUUUGGAACGCGCCUCAGCUUCUGGUCAAAUCUUCCAAAGAAGCCAAUUCGGUGAGUCUAUGAUUUAUCUAUCCACGUCUGUCGUAUAUUUUCAUAUUUAAUAUAUGACGGAUAACGAUAAGAAUAGUAUUAAUAUAAUAGACUCCCAUUUAUGUGUACCGAACUCUUGUUACUUUUUAUUCGCGUGACGAUGAAUUCCACGCUUUAUUCGAGAAAUUUUCCCCUAUUAACUAUUCUCCUCGCUGACCCGGCUGCUUGGUACGGAAUGCAUUCGCAUACGCAUUAACGUCUACCUCCCAGCAUCAAAUGGUUAAGUUGAACGGUUUCAUUGCCAACUUAAAAGUGCUCUACGAGCACACGAGAGCGACAACUGGUACGAAACCUUAUCGCUCGUCCCCUUAGGUAUUCGAACGAGCUUGAAGGCAGAUAUACAAUGUUCCGCCGCCGAACUGGUAUACGGCACGACAUUGCGUCUACCCGGAGAAUUCACACCACGGAGCAGACCUAAUUUCGGUAAAUCAGACUACGUCCAUCGACUGUCUGCAUUUAUGCGAACGCUGUCUCCGGUGUCAACUCGAAUACAACAUUGACAGGUCGCUCUCUCUCGAGAGUUAUCUACCUGUUCACAUGUUUUUGUACGAGUAGAUUCGGUACGCAAACCUUGGCAACAACCUUACGAAGGCCCUUUUCACGUGAUCGCUCGUCACGAAAAGACCUUCAAGGUUGAUCGAUAUGGACGCGUCGAGAUCGUCUCAAACCAGCACACGUCGAUGACAGUGACCUAUCUGGUAACCUGAGAUUCAAUGCUAGACCUAGCAAACCUACUAGCGGGAUCCUCAAACCAUCUUCAGGUCCCACGCUAGAUACAUCUGAGACCUCAUUCUCACGUCCCGGUCAACAGCACGCGUUAUCUGCACCGUCUACGGACGAGACGAUAGUCUCACGUCCAGAUCAGCAGACCACGCCGCCUCUGACCUCGGAUGAGAUUACAGGCUCACGCGAUACGAACGAGACUGCCGUCUCACGUUCCGGUCGCCGAGUACGGUUGCCCGUACGCUUCCGCGACUAGUCGCACAGUCAACAACCGAUACGGUGUAGUGUUAUUCCUAUGCUACAUGCAUGCUACACUCUUCUCUUUUUGAUUUUCUUUUUGUUUCCUGAGCCCACGCCUUCGACCACCUCCGUUUGGUUCCGUCGACUUCAGUCAACUUUGGCGAAAGCUGGACUGGCCACCCAUGCUCUUGUCAACGCACUCAGUCGAUAUUUUGGUUUCGAAUGCUUGGCAUACGCUUGGUCUCGAACUUGGUCGUUACGGUCGCUUCUGGUCUUUUGGCUCAACGUGGUUUCAUCCUACGUCUGCAGCGUUUCUGGUCCGGACCCCUACGAACGCCCUCUUCAGAUUCUGGAUACAAACCACUCUCGUGUAGCAUGCCAACUCAAGCAAUACAUACAGCACAUCGCUCCUGGUACCGUUCUCCGAAAACGACCUUCGUUGGCAACUCGACGAUCAACGAUCGCUUUCCUGUUCGCCAAUUCUUCCGUCCUACAAUCGCUCGUCAGCCGAUCAGUCCCACGAUUUAAACCGCUAUUUAUCGAAAGUGUUAACCCUUUCUAGCGCGGGGCUCCUGUAGUGACUCACAUUUAUCACGAGAACACGACUGGUUUAAUAAAAACAAUUAUUAUUAUAACCAACUGUACCAGUGUUUGUUUUAACGUGCUUUUGUUUGACUGUGCUAAUGACAGCUAUUUUGUGCUUCCAUUCUUGUACUUACACUUCAAUUGUAACUUCGCGCGAAUUCGGUUACGUUCUGUAACCAAGGUUGUAUCCUGGCACGAUCUCGGUAUCCUUUCGAUGCCACGAGAUCGCCAGCAAAUAAAUAUCUCGACUUGGUCCA